GGUUCUUUACUUAUCGUUAUAUUAACAACGGGCCAUUUUUGCCAUUGUCAUGUCAGUUCUUUGGGUUGGCUUGUCCAUCAGCAAAAGACACUUUGAGUGGUUUUGUUGAUCCAAGAUUUAAAGAA